AUGCCGCCCAAAGGCCCCGAUAGCCCUCCAGAAGAGUCCAAUGCCAGUCCAUUCUUUACAGUCCCUGCUCCUAUCAGGCGCCUCUUCGACAAGUUCCCGUUGAUUACCUAUCCGGCCAACGAGAUUCCUCAACGCCUUCGACCGCGACACGAGAAUAUCAACCAGCUAUACGUUUUCGCCGACGCAUCUGGUGUACAACAUGGCCGGCCUUCAUUCAAUCCUCAAUGUCUCAAAUGGCAGGCAUACUUGAAAUUCGUUGGAAUUGACUUUGAGAUCACCUCGUCCAACAAUCAUGCGUCGCCGAAUGGCUCCCUACCUUUCCUCCUCCCCUCGCUGCCUGCGGACGCCUCAAACCCGAUCCCUUCACACAAGAUCCAAAAAUGGGCCAUUGAACAAGUCCACUGCGAGGAGGAACAGCAAUUGAACCUGCGGUUCGAGGUUUAUGCCUCGCUUUUGGACAACCGGAUACGCAGCGCUUGGUUAUACAUGCUUUACCUAGACAGUGAGAACUUCAACGCCGUCGCACGCCGACUCUACGUAAAUCCAACAACCUCAAACUCGAUCGUGCGCGCAGCCCUAGGCCACCAGCUACAACAGGCCGCCCGCGAUGAGCUCCUCAAGACAUCGCGCUACAUCGACGCCGCUGCCCUGGAAGGCGAUGCGGGUGGCGCAUUUGAGGCGCUAUCCACCUUGCUCGGCAAGGAUGAGCACUUCUUCGGCCGGCCAAACCCGGGCCUCUUUGAUGCCAGCGUCUUUGCCUACACGCAGCUGAUCUUGGAUGAUACCCUAGGCUGGAAACGGAACCGGCUAGCACAACUGCUCAAAGAGCAUCCCAACCUUGUACAACACCGCGACAGACUACUGAAAUUCUUCUAA